AUGCAGUCAGCUGUGUCGUGUGAGCAAAUGCCGCUGUAUAACAUGCAACUGCUUAAUCUGUGUGAAAACGCGGGACCCCCUCCCGCAGCUGUGGGCUCGACGCCCAGUAAAGCAUCCGGUGGCAGUGUGACCCCUAUAGCCGAUCUGCGUGGAGUGGACGCGAGUGGCUACAGUAAAGGAGAGCGCUUCCUCAGAUGCAAGCUGGCUUCCUUGUUCCGACUGCUGGACCAAGAGGGCUGGGCAGACUCCUCCGUCGGAACCACCACCCACAUCUCAGCCAGAGUCUCCGGCGAGCAGGACAGUGUGUUGAUCAACCCUAGUGGCCUGCACCUGCAGGAGAUCAGUGCCACCACCCUGGUCAAAGUGGACCAGCAUGGCAAUGUGAUGCAUCCUGGAAGCACCACAUUCGGAGUGAGUGGCGUGGCCACCAGUAUGCACACGGCACUGCACAGAGCCAGACCAGAUGUCAGGUGCAUCCUACACCUCAAAGAGGCCCAUGUCAACGCGGUUUCCGCUAUGAAGCACGGCCUCCUACGCACAGGAGUGGACAGUUGUGUGCUGGGUAAUAUCUCCACCCACCCCUUCUUCGUCUCAGGGGGAGGAGCUCUCUCGGACGAUGUGAAGGAGUCUUUGUCGAGGGAGUUGGGAGCCGUGAACAAAGUGAUGCUGCUGAGCAACCUGGGAGCAGUAGUGUGCGGAGCCACAAUUGAAGAGACAUGGCAGCUAACCACAAACCUGGUGCAAGCAUGCAGGUCACAGCUGCAGUGCCUGCAAGCUGCUGGCGGCAACGUGGACAAUAUCAGUCUUGUCGGCGAAGACGAGGCUCAGAAGGUUUUCCAGAGUGCCUGGAGUGGAGGAGACCUCGAUUCUGAGGGAGGACGACAAUGGAAGUUCGGAGAGAUGUUGUUCGAAACUAAGAUGCGCCAGUUUGACAACAGCGGCUACAGGACCGGAUACAUAUACAAGAAUCCAUUGAUCAAAGUCCCCACCAAGCCCAAGUUUGAUGUUGAGGUGCCUCCAGCGACUAGCUCAAUGGGAUACUUCUCGGACAGUGAGACCCUACGGGCGACUAAGAACUCACGAGAUAGAUACAUCCACUCGGGUGGCUACGAGAGAACGGAGGCUGAAAUCUUCUCGGACGGAGACACGCCAGCGGACAAAAAGACCAAGAUCAAGUGGGUGCGCAAAGAUGACACAGACCUGGUGGUGAAGAUAGAUGGACCACACCAGUUCGCCCCGGUGAUCACCGCAAAGUACGAACUCAAGAGCAAAAUCAACACGAUGAAGGACGAUCGUGACUUGAACAAGAGCAACUCUGGACACACUUCGCGUAUCCUGGACGGACUUUCAGACACAGACGCCAGACACUACCAAGAGUUGCAGGGCAGCAACCCAGGAGCAGUAGCCGCCUUCUCCAAGGGCAUCAUCCAGAGAGAACACCAGAAGGACGCCGUUAUCCUCACAGACUACACGGCCCAGAACCCGUUCGACCAGGUGACAGAUGACGAACUCACCACAUACACCAAGUCCAGCGCCAGAAUAGCACAAGGACUCCCAGCCGAAGAUCCUCCCUCCCCUGUCGCAGCUCCGGAAGCACAGUCCAGGAUGGAUUACCAGUACCAAUAUCAGCAACGGCAACAAAGGAUGAGAUACGAAAUGGAGUCGAGUAAGAAGGACAAAAAGAACAGAGCGGCCACUAUGCCCCACCCCCCAGUGUCCCCCUCCUCCCCAGGUGGGUCAGCAGGCAAUCAGCAACAGGUGGCCUCAGACACUGAGAGCGGACUGGACAAGGGACUGACGACAGGCGGCGAGACUGAGAACGAAGCCACAGGCACUCUGGACGGUAAGGGUAGUAAGAAGACCAAGAAAACGAAGAGCUUCAAAAUGCCAUUCGGAGGCGGCAAAAAGACCAAGUAGACACCAUGAUCUCCUCAGUAAAAGAACUCACUUCGCUUCUAAAUGGCUCAUUAAUAACAACAACGGAGAGAUCAAAAAGGACGAUGUUGUUAAGACGGGAUGUGAUAAUAAUCUGAACCAUUUGCUUUUGCUAUAGUGGGAAUCAAAGUUGGCUCCGUUACCAAUUAAAACUUUUAGAAACAAAAUUUGAAAUAAUACAGAUAAUACAACAGAUUAGAAGUCGCUUUACUGAUUUAAAACUGGACUGAAUUCAACUCAAAAGACUGUAUGUAUGAGACUGCUGUGCUGGUUUUUGUUAAUUGUGACUCAACGAUAUAUAUUAUUAUACAAAUGUUCUAAGGGUAAAAAUUACUACUGCUCAGCCUUCUACUAUUAGUGCACUUUGAAGAACUGUCAUUGGUGCACUAAUUUGCUAUGAAGGUUUCCUUGAGAAGGAGUCUUUUGUUCACAUGUGACUUAUAAGUGGUGCACUAAUCGAAGCUGAACUCAAUUGGACUCAAAUUAGGCUUCACAUCAAUGACUGGUAGAAGUGAAAUUUAAAUCAGUUUGAUUUUAAAAAACUAACAAUUAAAGAGGGGUUGAUUUCAGUUGAGUUCUUUUGUGUUUCGAACUGUCCUCUUGCUCUUGGAGACCACUUCACUUCACUUGAGUAGAUAAAUUUGUGGUAGUAACUGUAAAUUAUUAUGUUGGGAUCAGUUGUUGUUUUUUCUUCAAUCUUAAAUUAUAAUCUAGAGAAUUUGACCGGACUCUAAAUCAUCUGCUGUACUAUUUCGAUUGUCUCCUCAAUUACUCCCCUCCCCCACCCAUUUGUCCCGUCCCUAAACUUCUUCAACCCUACGAAUCGAUCUGGAAUUGUUCACCAUCGUAUCUGCCUAUGCCGUGUUUGCUUGGUGGUUAAAUAAACGAGCAGUGGUCCUUGUUCCUGGUGUCGAUGUCGUUAUUGUUGUGAUACUAAAGUUUAUUAUAGAAAUCUAAUUUUGCAGUUUUUUACAUUCUCAUUCUACAAUCUACAUUCAGUCUCCUAUUCAACUCAUGUAGUAAUGUAAUGUAGUCACUUCUCUUUGGCGGAUGAGCCGAUUGGCUGAUCGGUCGUCAUACUAUUACAAGUCACGGCCAUGCAUCACAGUAGUAAGUAAUGACAAAAAUGUCUCCCACUGCAGGGAUCGAACCUUAAACCUUAGAAGCAUUAGUUCAAUAUAUGCAGCCGGGGCGAAUUACUGUAGAGUAAUGUGUGGCCUGAAUCGCUGUUGUUUUGCUCUUCCACAUAAUCAAUCAUACUGUUUGCGCUUAUUUGAACAUCUUGUCCUAAAUUUCAACCGUUUCUCGAUGGAUGUAUCCUAGUUGCUGGUCUGCUGGCGAAGUAUAGAUGCAAUGUAAAUUGUUCAAUUAUUUCAUUUGCCUGGGUUCGUGGGUUUUUAAAUUUCAUGAAGAACCGAUACUUGCAAGGGUUUCAAUUUGUAUUAUCUACCCUGUGCGGCUUAAUAGCUUCGUCAUUUUUUCUCGCAGUCAGUUACUUGGCCAGAAAACAUCAAGCCCAUUAGAGACAUAACUAAAAUAGAUUUAAAACAUAAGCAUUAACUUGAGAGGGGGGCUCAAAGAACGGAUUCAAAUGCUGCUGUAGGGUGCAAAUGUGACUAGGUGAAUAAAGUUUAGUACUUUAUGUUGAAUGAAUGACUGAACCCGAUAUUGUUUGUCGUCCAAUGCUUUGCUUCAGCAAACAACAAAUAGUCACUUCAAACCAUUUGAAGGCCCAACUUGGUUGGGCAACGGAAAGUUAUGUGUUCAGAUAUAGUUUAUCUAGCACAGACCUUAAUGGUGUUGACUUUCGAAUGGUUUGAAAUUUGAACAAAUCAUGCUCAGCAUACAACCAAUGUCACCACAAAAUUUUUUUCAUUAAAUUUGCAGUGAAACCAUGCAAUUAUCGAAUAACAGACAAAAAAUUAUCAGCAUUCCAGUCAGUACCUUAUUGCAAACGAAAAAAAAUGUAUAAGAUUUUCUGGCUGCGCUCCUUUCGCUUCGGCUAAAGGGCAGUUUAGGCUUGGUGUUAACAAAUUAUGUAUUUCGCAGAGCUGUGCUUGUGCUUGAAGAGCCUUCAGCAGACUAAUAAAACAGUCGAAUACAGAUCAGCUGAGACUGUUGCUCAUUUUGAUGUUGUUAUUUUUGCUAUGCGAGGAUUGAAUUGAUAAUUAUUCAUUAAGAUGCCCGUUGUUAUCAUAAUGAUGUUUUGUACAUGCAAAUUUAGACACCGAAUAUAUCCUAUCUGAUCCCUUUUCAUAUAAGAAACAUUUGGAAUGAAAAUUACUGUUUUUCAAUUAAAUUUCUUUUCUAUUC